GCCACUGCACAACAUUCUCCUGGUUCUGCUCACUUCACUAUAUAUCACUUCAUAUAAGUCCUUCCAUGCCUUUCUGAAAUCUCUCCAUUGUCAUCAGCUCAUCUAAUGGCUGCCUCAGUACCCCUGAACAGGAAGUUACCAACCUCCAUUUCUCUUUUUCCUCUGACACUUAUUGGAAACACUUGGCUUCUGUGGCUCUAGUCUACCAUUUUUUUUGGAGGAUAAAAACAGGUGCUUCCUCUUCAGAACAUCUGGUGGAGCAUGCAGGGUAGACAUUGUGUUAAGGAAGCUAUAAUUCACUUCUAGCCCCUCAAACUUCAUAUUCUGGCCUACUUUCUCCUCUUAGAGGCAGCUAGAUAGUGCAAUGGAUAGAGUGCUGUGAGGGGAGUCAGGGAGAUAUGAGUUUAAAUCCAGCCUCAAGCACUUACAGUAGUAUGGCCCUAGGUGAGUCACAACUUCUGAUUGCCAUCAGUUUCCUCAAUUGUAAAAUAGGAUCAUAGCAUCUGCCUCACAGAGUUGUGAGGAAAGAAUGAGGUAAUGUUUGUAAAACUUGUAGCACAUAGUAGGUACUUUUAAACUGCUUGCUCCCUUCCCUUUCUCCUUUCACAGGAGAGGGAUUCAGCAGAUUUGCUAAGGACCUUGGGUCUCCUCCAGUUGCUCCAAUUUCUAUCCUCACUGUUGUAUUUCAACCUUUUUCUUCCCCAAGAUAAAUCCAGCAAACCAGGCUUAUGAUCCUCUUUCUUCCCUAUAAUAUUUUCCUUCCUUACUGAAUUGAAUCCAGUCCUGGUUUCCUUGCCGCCAAUCUUUCUUCUUCCCUUCCUCCUCAUCUCCCUCCCUUCCUGGGCUCUCUCUUUGCAAACACCCCCUCCACCAUCACCCCCGCCCAUCACCGUAUGUCUCCUCAGUUCCCACUCUCUCCCACUCUCUGGUUCAGCUUGCCAGUCCGGCAGCUCUACUUUGGAUCUCUUAGCCACCUGGUCCAGUUGCAAGACCUGGCAGCUGAGGAGGAGGAAGCGGAGAAGAUCGCCAGGGCUUCCCACGGCCGCCUCGCCGCCCCCAGGGGUUGGCGGGGAAGGAGCAGCUGGGGAGCCCCCCCAGAAGCACUUCUUCAGAAGACAAUGCACUCAGCCUUCCGUAACCACAGUCCAGUCUCCUCUUCCUCCGGCUCCUUUCCACCGCCCCCCAUCGCUUCCCAACUGCAGCCGUUCUUUAUUCGGGGGGGCUCCUACCGCAGCUGCCGGAGGGGCUCUAAGGAUAGCAGCACCAGCACUAGCACCAGCACCAGCAGGGGAGGAGGAAGGAGACGAGGCAGGGGAGGCGGCAGCUUUGGUGGCUCCCCCCUAAGCAGCAGCACAGGAGUGGAGCAGGAAGGGGAAGACGAAGACGAAGAGAGCAUCAGUAUUAGCAAACCCCUGGUACCCGCCAGAGCUCCCCUGGAGCCCCCUGCUCAGGGAGGCACUCAGCUGAUCGCUCACGCCGCCUCUUCCUCCUGCUCUUCCUUAAAGUCCACAUCUACCUCUUCUAGUAGUAUGACCGCAGUGGAUUUUGCUGGUGGGGGUGGAGCAGGACCCAUUGGAGGGCCAGGGGGCCGUGCAUCCGGGGGCCCCAGUGGGCCCAGCGGUGGCAGCGGCUCCUUUUGCUGCUCCUGCUGCUGUUGUUGCUGCGGCCACUCAUCCAGGCCCCCCCACAGAGGUCGGCGAGGCUGUUGUGCCUCUACUUCUGAGUGCAAGUGGGGUUACCAGGCGCUGUCCGUGGUGCUGUUGCUGGCUCAAGGUGGGCUGCUAGACUUGUAUCUCAUUGCUGUCACCGAUCUGUACUGGUGCUCCUGGAUCGCCACAGAUCUGGUGGUCGUGGUUGGCUGGGCCAUUUUUUUCGCUAAGAACAGCCGUGGCCGUAGAGGAGCAAGUGCCGCUAGUUCCCACAACCACUACCAGCACCACCACCAUUCAGCCCCCCCACCUCUCCACCUGCCUGCUCCAUCGGGCUCAGCUGUGGGAGCUGGAGCUGGAGGCAAAGUCCGGGCCCGAGGUGGUGGGGGAGGCCCGGGAGAUGGUUUGGACUCUGUCGGGUCCGGGGGAGAAUUCGCUUUUGCCUACUUGGCCUGGCUGAUCUACUCCAUUGCCUUCACGCCCAAGGUAAUUUUGAUACUUGGUACGUCUAUCCUGGACCUCAUCGAACUACGAGCGCCCUUCGGUACCACGGGCUUUCGUCUCACUAUGGCGCUGUCUGCGCCCCUGCUCUACGGUUUGGUACGGGCCAUUAGUGAGGCAGGCGCCCCUCUCGGAUCCACAGGACCCCUGCUCCUGCAGCCCCAGCAGCACCGCGCCGCCGGCUGCUUCCUGGGCACUUGCCUAGACUUACUGGACAGCUUCACCCUGGUGGAGUUGAUGCUAGAAGGCCGAGUACCUCUGCCUUCCCACCUGCGCUACCUGCUCAUCUCUGUCUAUUUCCUGACCCUCACUUCUCCAGUGUUCUGGCUCUAUGAACUCAACACCGUCACCCCCAACGCUGCUCCUUCCUGGGGGUCUGGGGCAGGGGGCUGUAGCAGGCUCCUGAGAUUGCUGGCUGGCUGCUUGGUGGAUGUGCCCUUGCUGGCCCUGCGCUGCCUUUUGGUGGUGAGCUACCAGCAGCCACUCUCAGUCUUCAUGCUCAAGAACCUAUUUUUCCUUGGUUGCCGGGGAUUGGAAGCCCUGGAGGGCUGUUGGGGUCAAGGGAAUCUGGGUUCCCCUAACAGGAUCCGAGGAGCUUACGGAGCCCCUCCCCCAGCUCCGCCCCCAUCGCCCCCGCCGCCCACCCCUCAGGGAGGUUCUCAGUUAGGCCACUGCAUCCCAGAGAAUGACACGGGACCCCAUGGCUACGUCAAUACCCUGGUCGUCUCCUCCCAGAACUAAGGAAAGAGAAGAAUGUUUUCUUUUAUCUUCCUCAGACCUUGACUUCUCAUACUUUCUACUUCCCACCCAUGUUCCUACUUGUUCUUUCUACUUUUUCUUCAUCUAGAUCUGCAUCAGGUUUUUCUUAAGAAGGAUCAACCGCUAUACAAGGAAGUCUAUGGAGGUUGAUUGGCCUUCCCACUACCAUUUUAUUCUGUAAUUUUCUGGGGUGAGGAGCAGUAGGGGGUGAGGAAAGUGGGUCCUUUUAAUCUAUUGCAAAUUCAUAAUUUUUUUUCCAGACUCAAGCCUCUAAAGUAACAGCUAACAAGCUGAAGAUCUACUUCCCACUCUUGCUCCUCAUCUUCUCCAUCCCCACCAAUAGACCUGAUUUCCCAUGAAAACUAUGUUCAUGUAUAGUCAUUGUAGGGGAAGGUGGAAAAGAGGGGAGAUAAUGGUAGAGGAAAUUGAACGGUUGGUCAGCUCAGUCCCUGGGCUUGAUCUCGGAAAUGCCAGUCCUCCAUGUGCCAGGCCCUCCAUGCCUUGGCUGGUGAUAAUCUAUAUCCAAGACGUGGUAUUGGAUCCAACCACUUUGUUCUCUUCUCUUUCUCUGAUGAACUUUUUGCAAGCAGAGAGAGAGCCUUGUAUAGUACAAAGAGCACAGGCCUUGGAGUCAGAUAACCAGAGUUUGAAUCCUAUAAUACCUUAGGCGACCUACUUAACCUUUCAGGUCUGUUUUCUCACUUGUAAGGUCGGGCUAGAUGAUCUUAAAAGGCCCUACCAGUUCUUGAUUUUUAUAAGUGAUGGCUAUAGUACAUGUUAACGAGUGAAUGUGUAUAUGUGUAUGUAUGUGUGUGCUAUUUGUCACUUACCAGAUGACCCUUUCCAGUUGGUAAGAGACGAGAAGGAAUGAGUGUUGCUCCCUCCCCCCCAACUUUUACUUGAACUUGACUGAAUAGAAAACACUGGAUCUGGAGUCAGAUGAGCUGGGUUAAAAUCCUGGUUUUGAUAAUUACUACCUUUGUGACCUUAGGCAAAUCACUUUGCCUCUCCAAGGCUUGUUUCCUAAUCUACAUGCAAAGGGGUUGGUAAUGCAGUGGAAAGAAUGCUAGCUUUGGAGGCAAAGGACCUGGGUUCAACUCCCAGCUCUGCUACUUACUACCUGUGUGAUCUUGGGCAAGUCACUUAAACUCUCUGAGCCUCAGUUUCCUCAUCUGUAAAAUGAGGGGGUUGGACUAGAUGGCUUUUAAGGUACCUUCCAGCUCUAAAUGUAUGAUUCUAUGAUCCCUAAAUUCCCUUCCAUUUCUCAGCCCUACAAUUCUAUAACUCAUGGCUAUGCAUCCCUGAGGGAGCUGAGAGACUGGGAGCUAUCCAGAAGUUUUCUGGCAGGGUCAGUUUCCUCCUGUCCCCUCCCAGUCCUGCUCUCCUCUCUGGCUCUGGGUGUGGUUUUUUACAUUUCAAGGACCAAACCACCCUUUCUUGGGUGAGUAAGAAUUACUACCUCUGUGUUUUGAACCUUUGUUGCAUUGUACACUGAUGUUGCUGACAAACACACACAUAAAAAGGAGAAAGUUGAAUUUCAUUUUGUCUCUAGAUCCUGCUGAUUUGGUGCCAGUGAUAAAAGGAUCUGUGGACUAUUAGCCACUAGAACUCUUAUUUUCCCUGUGGCAUGAAUGUGUUUAUACCAGGUUGUGGCUUAGAAUGUAUUUUCUUGGGGGUGGAUAUUUGAAGUAGAGAUGGUUUUCCUAAGGGGAAGAGUAGGGGAGACUGACUCUUGCUGAUGCCCCUUUCUAGGAUCAGAAAGGUUGUGCUGCUUGGGUCAAGAAUGGAGUGAGUUCAAGAGGAUAGAAUUGAGGGAUGAGAGUGGAUGGGUUGUGGUAAGGAUGGGUAACAAUGCUGUCAAUAUUUCUCUGGGCCACCUUUCUUGGUUUUCUACCAGUGGUGAUUGAUGAAGAAAGGGGCUUCUUACAACUAAGGGUUCACCUUGAUUGGUGAGUUUUCUUGGCUUGUGACAUCUGAUAUUUUGAGGGUUUAGGGUUUUGGGGGGGGUAAGGAUAGGAAAUCAUAGGGAGCAAGGCAAGGGAAAGACUUCCUUUCCCUCAAUUGCUAGCUGUCAAUGAAAUGGAAUAGAAAGAGGAGAGAGAAUGUUAUAGGAACUCUCCUUUCCCCUCCCCUUCUUGAUUUAUAAUGGAUAGACUAGUUAAAGCCCUGGUCCUAACAUUCUUUGGAAAGGUGACCUGGCAUAAGAAAGUGCUUAGGAUGGGUGGACAUGGGUGACAAGCAUAAGGAACCUAAUCUGCAUUCACAAUAGGUACUUCUUAGGUUGUGGGUAGAAGCUAAGAGUAGGAACACAAGGUAUAUUCUGUGAGGAGCUUAUAAUGGUGACUGCCUAUCAGGCUUUUCCUAGACCCUUUCUAUCCCCUCACCCAUUCAUGUGGAGGGGAAAAUAGGAGCCAAGUAAUCUAUCAGUAGCUCAAAGAAAUGGUGCCAGUGAGCCUGGUUUUGCAGGAAGCCUCUACUAAAACAUUCCCAGAACAAAGGGAUAUGUGUGUGUAUACACAUAUAUAUAUACACGCACACACACAUACACGCAUACAUACAUGUAUACACAUAUACAUAUGUAUGUAUAUAUCCCACAAAUAUAUCCCAUAUGUAAGUGUAUAUUUAUAUAUAUAUAUAUAUAUGCAAAAUGUCUAAUCCCUUUGGAAUUUGAUAAAGAGUAGAUGAGAAGGAUAUGGCAGAGGAAGUUUGAAAGGCUGAGAGUUUUGUCAUUCUCUUCCUACUUGCUCUCCCUGCCCUCCCUUAUCACUGACUCUAAUAUAAGGUUAUUGAAUUUUGGAACUAAGUGUUUAUUUUCUUCUUUUACAUUUCUAACUCUUCCUUGUAAUCCUAUCUGCUGAAGGGCUGGGGGCUUUGGCCCCAGAUUUACCAUAGAAAGCACAAGAUACAUUCCCCAAUUCUCCUUCAUCUCUUAACACCUUUCCAUUUCCUGCUUUUCUAGAGAAAAACAAUUCUCUGUUACAUAAAAUAAACAUGAAAAGAUAACUGCGUUGGAGCCUUGGUCAGCUUCCCAAAUGGUAUCUGUUCCUAUCUCUUUUCUCCAAUUUGGACAGUCUUGGUGCUGUGAUUGUGACUAUAAAAACCUCAGAAUACUAUUGACUUUUCUCAUGUGAUGCUAGAAUGGAUGUGAAAGAGCUGCUACCUCCCUGGGCAUGGGUAAAUGAAGUUUAUAUCCGAGAGAACCAGCCAAAAGCAUUCCAGCCCCUGCCCAAGCAAAUAGCCAUCUUUUUCUCAGUUGUAAAAAUGCUUUGAAUUCUUGUGGCGUCCAUGCCUUCAUUACGGUGGGGGCCCAUGUAGGCUCCGAGGCACCCUUAUAUCAAUUCCCACUCUCAUUGAUGAGUUGGGGCCCUAGAAUUUGUCUAGCUACACCUCUCAUCUCCUCCUCAUGGUUUAAAGGGUGAUUAUUUAAAGUCAUUGUCUCAAGCUCCCCACUGAUAUGCUCUGCUCCCUUCCCCCACCCCAAUUAUAAAUUGAGACAGCCUGAGGUAGCUUUUAGAAAGCAGUGUCUACUAAAGUGGCAGAACAGUUGGUAUGAAAAAAACCUCUCAAAUUCUGUAGUAAAAUCUCCCAUAUCCACAGAGCCCAGGGAAAAGUGGGUUCAAGCUUAGAGAACACAUAUGACAAAGGGGUAACACGUGAUUACUGGGAUCCUUUUCUCCAAUUUGUGGGAGGCUCAAGAAGUUCCCUUUAAAUAAGAUGAAUCUAAGUUCAUUUGUCCUUGACUUCUAAUUACAAGUGUUACCAGUUGAUCCCCAGACCCUACCGGGACACCAGUGGGAAGGUGAGAAGUCCAAAGUCUUCCAAAUCCUUUGAAACUUAUGGAGUUCUCCUCCAGCCAAAAUUAUUGGUGAAAGGGGUAUCAAGGUGCCUCCUUCUCCCCACCCCACACCAAACCGAGCUAAUAUUUUUUCAGCGAUCUCCUGGAAAGCUAUACCUGCUUCAAUUUCUGGAAAACCUCUCAUCCUAGGUAAUCUGAUGUUUCUACAUAGGACCUAGGGGUGUAAUAGAAGACUGGAGUAGACAUUGAAACAGACCUCUUGUCUAGCAUCAUAUUCAUUUCUUCAAAUGGCUUUCAAAGCCUUUCUCCACUUAAUCCAAUGUCCGCAAUUGGGCAACAAUUUUGUUACUUAUAUCAAAUGGGGGUGGGGUUGAGUAAGUCAGUCACCCCACCCUAACUCAAUAAAUUGCUUUCCUUCACCUUCCUCCUUCCAGAUAAACAGACCUGGGCAUCUUGUGCAAGGAAAUAAUUUGGUUAAGCUUAGCAAAUGUGCUAAUCAUAAACAUUUGAUUAUCACACUUACAUAUUGAAGUUGCUUAUAUAUUUAAGGGUUUAGAGUGUGUGUGUAUGCUCAUUCAUUACAAAUACAGAGUGGAAUCACCCAUGUCAAGAGCGUACCUAUGACAAAUGUCAGUAAGGGACAAUAACUUAUUAACUGUUCACUUAUAUCCUAGGAGUGUAUGUAUUUAUGCAAUGAGACAACAUCAGAGAUCUAUCUCUUCUAUCUUUGUUGAGAUGCUUGGGAUUGUUCACCAGGGUAUUUGACAACACUUGAAACUACUGAGCUUCACAUCUAGUUAGUAAGAAAAAAAGUAUGUUAAAAUAAGAAGCUGCCAGAUAGAGGGAUUCCUUCCCAAACCUUCACCCCAGGGAAUCUCCUCCCAGGGAUGAAGUUCCCUCAUCUGGAGGGCAUAUUCUAUAGCUGGAAUCUGAAUAUUAUUUUCUAUUGUUUCAGGUUUGAAAAAAAAUGACUACUUAUUUCCAGCAGGGUACAGAGAUCUCUCCUUUUUCUGAUUGCAUUUUAUAAGUGACACUUAUUCAUGGCCCUGCCUAAAUGAUUAAUUGAUCAAUCAAUACACAUUUAUUAAGUGUUUAUUAUGUGCCAGGCACUGUGGAUAGUGAUGUAAAAGGGUAACUCAGAGAGAAUGAAUAAAGGAUUAUGAGCUGUAAGGGGAAUCUGUACCUCUGAGGGCUUCCCAAAACAAGAUGGAGGUAAGGGUGGAUGAAGGAAAAGGAACAGUAAAAGAUGGUUCCCAGUAAGGAUGACUGGGAAGGUAGUAAUACCAUUGGUAAAACAAGAGAGUCAGGAGAAGGAGCAAGUUUUCAGGGCUGGAUAGUGAGUUUAAUUUUGGACAUUUUGAAUUUGAGAUGCCAAGUGAAAAUAUGAUGGAUACAGUUUUUAAUGUGGUUCUGAAGUUCAGGACAAAGGUAGGAACUAUAACAACUAAUACUAAUCAAUAACACUUACCUCCCAGUAUUAUUGUGAGGAUUAAAAUGAGAUAAUGUUUGUACAGCAUUUUGUAAACCUUAAAGCACUACAUAAAUGUUACCUACUAUUUUUCUAAGUGGCACAGGAGACAGAGCUUUGGACAUGGAGUCAAGAAGAUGUGGGUUCAAAUGUAGCCUCAGACACUAACUGUGUAACCCUGGGUAAUUUGCUUAAUCUCUAUCCUGUCUCAUUUUCCUCAAAUAUAAAAUGAGGAUAAUAAUAGCACCUACCUCCUAGAGAUGCUGUGAGGAUCAAAUAAGGUAAUGUCUGUAAAGAGUUUAGCAAAGUUUAACAUAGUAUAGAAAUGUCAGCUAUUAAUCACUAACAUUUCUAUAACAUUUUAAAGCUUGCAAAGCACUUCACACAUAUUAUGUCAUUUGACCAGAGAUCAAGAUGUAGACAGCAUCUUCACAGAUGUGUGACACAAGAAUACCAAAGCAGGAAGAGAGAGAAAAAAGAACCAGGGGAGUAAAGUGUUAGGAAAAACCUUAAAAAGGUCUCUUGAGUAUUUUCCCAAGACAUUAGCAGCUCUUAACUUUCUGCUUUUCCAUCCUUAAUAUUCAAAAUAUUUCUUCUCAAAGUUCAAGUCAAGCCUUUUCUUUCUUCUCUCCUAACCUCAUAAAAACCCACAGAACAACAACAACAAAAGGAAUUCAUGAACACACAACAUUUGUUAAAUAGUCUGUGUAAUGCCCUGUGCCAGGUCCUGAGGGCAGUGGGGGUAUAGGUUGGAGGGGAGAUACAGAAAUGAAUAAGAUACAGUCCUUGCCAUCAUGGAGCUUAUUUUUUGUUUUUGUUUUGUUUUUGCUUUGUGGGGCAAUGAGGAUUAAGUGACUUGCCCAGGGUCACACAGCUGGUAAGUGUCAAGUGUCUGAGGCCAGAUUUGAACUCAGGUACUCCUGAAUCCAGGGCCAGUGCUUUAUCCACUGUGCCAUCUAGCUGCCCCCCCCAUGGAGCUUAUAAAUGAAUACAUAAUAAAGUCCUGAAAAUACAGUAAGACAUAGAAAAUGCUAUGGGAGUUUAGAGAAGAGAUUACUUCUGGCUAGAAGGGUCAGGGAGUCUGUUAAGGGAGAGAAGGGGGGCAUUUUAAAGCUGGACCUUGAAGAAAUUGGACAAAUAAUCCCAGGGAUGGAAGUGGAGGGCACUCUAGGUGAAAGGAAUAAUAUGAGCAAAAUUGUGGAGGCAGGAAAAUGCAUAUUUAUAUGUGGGGAGGAGAUGAGGCAUGGAGUCAAGUUUGGUCUUAAAGAAAGAUGCAUGAAAAGGAGUGAUGGCAAUUAAGGAAUAUAUUUCCUUGAUACAAGGAUGGCUAAGGCUAGAGAAGGAGGACAGAACAACUAAAAAUGAUACUGAGACACAAGCCAUCCACUUUUCUAGACUUAAUUUUAAGGGUCAGAAUUUUGACAGAAAUUCCUAAAUCACUUUCACUCUAAAAUACAUAAGCUGUAAAUUGAACAUGGGGCUCGGCAUAAGUUAUGGAUGAAAACAAACCACUGACGAAUGGUUUUGAGUUCCAAACUUGGCCUAGUAAAAUCCAUAUUAGGAAAGAAUCAGAAUAAUUCAUUUAAUCAGAUUGUGCCCUCGACAAUUAUAAAGAAGUUAGGAAGAGUCUGGUUUGGACAGUCUGAGAUGCCUAUGAAACUUAUAGGUGGCCAUGUCCAGCAGGAAGUUGGAAAUGUGCAACCUUGGCUUGGGAAAAAGAUGAGGCCUGGGUCUGUAGACUUAGGAAUCAUCUGCUUUAUAAGGUUGGUUAUAAUAGAGCCCUGGGGCUAUACCUAGGGAUAGGAGAUGGUAUGUGGGGGAUGGGUGUACAAGGGAAACAAAGAAGGAACAGGUUAGUAAGAAAACCAUGAUAGCACUGACUCAAAAACCCAGGGUGAAGAAAGCAAUACAGAAGAAGGAGAUUUUCAACAGUGUCAAAUGCUACAAAGAAGUUGGGAAGUUUGAAGACUAAGAAAAAGAUGACUAGAUUUAGCUCAUCAGUGGCCCUGGAAAGAGCAGUUUCAUUUGAGUAGUGGGGAGAUGGAAACCAGAUUGCAAGAAGAUGAGAUGUGAGUGGGAGGUGAGAAAAUAUAGGCGACAAGGGAAGGCAGCUUUUUUAGGCAUCUGGCUGUGAAAGGGUUAUAGGAUAGCUUAAGGUGAAAGAUCUAAGUAUAUAGAAAGGUUCUUAGAGCAGAUCAGGGCAGUGAGGUGGCAUAGUGGAUAGACCAUCUGGUCUAGAGUCAGAAAGAUUCAUCUUUCUGAGUUCAAAUUCAGAGACUAGCUGUGUGACCCUGGGCAAGUCACUUAGC